GUGAAACCAAUGGCGAGUGUUGUGGCAGUUCAUUCGGAUCUCACUGCCCCGACAAAUGUAGUUCGAAGAGUGAUGGCGAAACACCCAGAAUUGUUUCUGAUUGUUAUUGGCUUGUCGCUGACCAUCAUUUCACGAUAUGGGAGCAGUUCAUUUCUUUUCAGUUUGAGGCCGAAACCUAUCACUGUACCACCAAAACCACCAAAGAAAUUUUUCCCAAACAACUCACCAGUUUAUGAUUUUUUUAAUGGAGAACUUGAUCCGGUGGUCCGUCUUCUUGCCAAGGAGGAGCUUAUAUUCCUCAUGUACUAUGCUCCAUGGUGUUCUCGGUCCAUGGCCACUCGCUGGGAGUUCCACAAGGCAGCAAAACACAUGCAAGGACAGGUGAAGUUUGUGGCUGUGAAUUGCUGGUGGCCGGAUGGGCAGUGUCGGAAACGCUACAAGUUCCUGAUGUUCCCCGUGCUGUUUGUGUAUCACACACAUCUAGAUGGGUUCAGAUACUUAGGUGAGAUGGCGGCCGAGCACAUGGUGACGUUUGUGGAGGACCUUACCUAUCCAAUCACAGCCUUCCACUCUCAUGACCAGGUGAAGGCCUUUGUGGCCAGGCAUGAUAGUGCUGUGGUGGGCUACUUUGACCUCAACGCAUCCCCGCAACCACCAGGCUACCAACAGUUCUAUUUCGCCUCCAUGAGGAUGCUUGAACAAGAUCCCUACAACCAGAUCAAAUUCUGCAUCUUCCCGGGGAAGUCUUUGGCGGAGUCCUACAACUUGACACAAAGUAACGAUGUGAUGUUACUGCGUGUUGCCAACUCCACACUGAAAUAUCCUCGAGAAUUUAACUUGACCAGCUCCCAGCUUGUGACCUGGAGUCUUCAACAUCGACAAAAACCUAUGGUAAGGUCUCUGGCACCUUUGGGAGUGAAGAGUUUGAUAUUGUCAAAGGAGAUGGCUCAGGGGCCAGCCGUGAUUGCCUUCUAUGCCCUCAAUCCCUUGUUUGACACCAACCAACCAUAUCAUGUGAUGAAGGACCUGGCGCUGCAGUACCACAGCUGUGAGGAGAUCCACAACCUAGAGGAUGCCAUCUCACACUGGAGGAGCCAGGUCAGGUCCGCCCAGGUCCAGUACCACCAGGUCGUCGAGUUCUGUGCAAACUACCGCAAGCAACGUAACGUAGGACUCUACGACUUCAAAUGCUGUGUCUCCCUUGCUUCCAAAACCCUGGAGGAGAUGUCCAGCAAGGCACACAAUGUCUGCGAAUACUGUGUCCACCGACCGAGACAGAUGGGGCCGGGGUGUUCCAGUUUAGACAUUGACCCUCAAGUAGAGGAGUGGACUAUGCUGCAUACCAACUUCUGUAGGAACUCUAUAGAGAAUUAUAAUGUUAAUGAAUAUCAUAGUCUGUGUUGUCAGUGGUGUGGUGAUGAUACUGCCUCCAUAGUGCCUGUCCUCCAGUCAGACUUUUUACCCAUGUCUUUCAGAUCAGGGAAGCGUAGAGUGACUGAUAGGUAUGUGUGGCAAGAAAUUGAAAAUAAGCCAAAACGGUUGUGUAAAAGGUUGACUUUACAGAAAUUACAGGGCCAUGUGCCUUAUGAAAAUAGUUAUAACUUUGAAGAGUCCCUUCCAGUCAAUUUUACGGGUUUGGGUUGUCGUAGUAACCGGACUGUGAACUUCUAUGCAAUGGAUGCUGUGCGGCACUCUGUGUUUGCUGAGAGGCUUGGUGUGGAUGUGUCAACCUUACCACAGAAUCCAGCGGUUGUUAUUUUUGAUAAGGAAAAUGAAGAACAGUACUUGCUCAAAGAAAAUUUUACAGCCAAAAAUGUUGCCUCCUUUAUCCUGAACUUCACCCGUGGUCAUGCCGGCCGGUCUCUGCGGUCACUGACCUAUGCCCCCUCUACCUGUGAUAAAACUGAGACCAGUGUAUGCGUUGUCGAAGUCUCGUCUAAUACAUUCCACACUGUCGUCAUGGAUCCUCAUAAGGAUGUACUGCUGUUUGUGUAUGCCUCAUGGUGUGGCUUCUGUGCCAACAUCAAUCAUGUCUACCUCUCAUUGGCCAAGUAUUUCCAGUCAGCGCAGAGCAUCGUGUUUGCCAGGCUAAAUGGUGACACCAAUGAUCUUCCAUGGGAAUUUACAGUAGAGUCUUUUCCAGCUAUCAUCUUCUUUCCAGCCAACAGGAAAGCUAACAGUGCUGUCUUCCCCGACACCAUUCCUGUGACGAUGCCCAACCUGAUCCGAUUCGUGCUGCAGCACUCUACGCAGAGUCUCCGAGUGGAGACAGCUCUUGGCGUCUGUUCCAAAGCCUGUAUACAGAAAAAUCGGGAAUAUGCUGUUAAUGCUCGAUAUAGCCUACAACAGAAGCAGUCACGUCUUCGACUGCGUCUGAGUAUGAUUAACGCAGAAUGGGACCAUUUGAGCACUACUGCAAGGAUGUUUCGAUACAUUUCCCGGAGACACAUCCACAGCGUUCUGCAGCAGACGCGACGGAACCUUCUGGUGGUUGAUCAGCUGCAGCAGUUCCUCCAGUCCAGCAAUGGAGUUUACAUCGAAAAUUCCAAACUGCGCCAGUUUAUGUCAGAGCACAAACUUCUUCAGGAAUUGGAUCUCAAUGCCAGUUAAUGAUUAAACCUUAAUAUUAAUAUUACCGUUAUGUCAAUUAUGUGGUCUCCGUAAACAUUGUUAUUUCCACUCCAGACAAAUAUGCAUGUUUUUUAAAAUGUUGACGUGAGGUAUCUGUUGCCAUUUAAAACAUCUACAGUGCACAAGGGGUGAAGUUGUUUUGCACUGUUUUGACAUUUUCAAAGUUGAUGGAUUGCCUAUCAUAAGCAUUUUGGAAAAUAAGAUACAUUGUCAAGAUGAUUUAAGAGUCAGUAGACGUAGCACUAUGCAGGAAAACAGCAUUAGAAGUCACUUUGUUCAGUUUAUGGAACGUGAGUCAAUAUUUUUUCAUGGUGAUGCAUCAUUUACAAUAUGUCAGUUGCUGUUGUUUUUCCUGGUUCUAAUGUGAAAUCCGUUCUUUUUACAAGAUCAGGAGAUAAUGGAUGUGUGCAUGACAGACUGUUGUGAUAACUUUGGAGUAUUUGUGCACAGUUUUGCAUCCAGCCGAUUGCAUUACUUAAUAUUGUGGCACCUCGUGGUGUGAGCUGAAUAUGAUAUUAACUUAUUCAAGCAAGACAAAAACUCAUUAUUUUGUAAAAUUCUACAUUUUUUGUUUUCUCACAAAACAACAAAUAUUGAACCUCACUGAAUUUAGAAUGAAAUUUUAUUAAGUUUUGAAAUAUGAAAUGUCAACGCCAGAAUAUAAUCAGUCUCGACUAUCUGCAGGAACAGAUACCAUUGGGAGUAAAACGCAAAACAGCAGUGAAAAUUAUAUGCAUGGAUCACUGAAAAUCAUUAAUGACACUAGAUGUUCUCAAAAAUGGUAAGCAUGUCCUGUCCAACCGGUAGCACCUGCCACUCUUACCAUGAAUGUAGAAUCAAAAGAGGAAGGAAAAAUUGACAUAUGAGUUCACAGAGUUCAGGAUCUGAAUGAAAGUCAGAGGUUCUUGUCAUUACCUCAGUGUAACAUAUAUAGACAUUUAGGGAUCACUUUUAAAACACGGUAUCAGAAAAUAUCAGAAAACCACAAGGAUCCAGGACCCUCUUUUUUCUGAUACAGAAACACUGCAAAUAAUGCCCUACAGGGGCGGAUCCUGAAUUGAAAAAAGGUCCAGUUGGGCCAUUUGUAACUUGAGUGGAAGAGAGACCAAAGCCUACACCAAAAUAUACCUUUGAUUGUAUGGUGCGUAUUCCUGUAGUGAGUUGUUGAAUUCAUUUGUGCAGGAGCCGCACUAGAUUUUUAUCACCAUCUAUUGAAUGUUGGCCAUCAGGACUUGCCACAGUCACUCUCAGCGAAGCUUCUGCAUCUCCUGUUAUUGGCAAAUAUUAAAACAGGAUACGAUCCAUCACUCCUCCUUGCUUUGAAAUGAAAUAGAAUUAUGUCGUAAUGACUGCAUUUUUUCGCUGUAAAUCAUACCACUUUGUCAGGUAUUCAUAUAUACCUUUUCAUGUGUGUUUACAGAAAUAAAUCCAGGCCAUCCAAAGAUUUUGUUAUUAAAAAUGGCAACUAUUGUAUGACAUAAAACUGUCAGUGUUAAGUGUUGCUGAUGUGUUGGCUGCAUCCCAGGGCUAAGUCUGAUGGGCUCUACAUCACACUGGGGAAUGUCUGGACCACAGCACUCUGUCAGGCCAAUUAGUUUAUUAUGUCACAUGUGAAGACUGAUUUAUGUUGCACAUAUCUGACCUGCAUUCAUCUUUCUGGUGCUGGGCUCAGGAGAAGCAUGAUAGGUGAUGGCCUGAAUCUGUGAUUUGAACAAUUAGGUAUCACCGAGUGAGAGAAAGAGUGAUGGCGAGUGAGUGAUAGUAAACAAAGGAUAAUUAUUUUGCGAAUCUGGGAUUUUAACAAUUACCGAUUGAAGUAGUGAGUGAGUGAUAGUGUAUGAAUGGUAGUGAGUGUUCGGGAGUGAGUGAUUGAAUGAAUGAUUUCAUGCUUCUUUAAAGCUUUUGAGUUCGAUCAUGGUGUUAUAUCACGAAGAAACUCCAAAGUGGUGCAGAUUAUACAUUUACACCACUUUCCUGAAACGAAAAGCAUGGGUAUGGAUUAUGAAGUCCAGGAUAAUGAUUUGAGUGAAUCUAGUAUUCAAACCUAAGGGUCAGGGAAGCAAACCUGCACAGCAAAUUGCAGCACCGUAUACUGCAGGGCCAUCAGUGACAAUGUUGAAUUUUUUCUCUUGGUGCAUCUUGCUGCAGAGCAGUGAUAGAACGAUGUCUUGUUUAAGUUUAUUGUCAGGCGGUCAUUCUGUUCAAACUGGGGGGCACGGUUGGCCCAGCCGUCACUGGGCAUGCCAGAAACCUAUGAUUGUGGGUUCGAAUCCCGGUUCCUCCAGAUUAUGUUUCUAGGUUUGUCAGCACCAUACCUGUGCUCGUGGGUUUCACCGAAGUGGUAAACGUCUGAGACCUGAAUCACUUGGGGCUUUCCUACCACAUUAAGCUGACUAGCCGCGAUAUAACUGGAAUACUGUCAAAAGUGGCUUCAAACCCAACUCACUCACUCACUCACUGUUCAAACUGGAUGAGAUGAAAGACAGAAGAUGAGACAUGUCAAAGAGGCACAUUUAUUUUGUAAUUAUUUUGGGAUAAUUGUGAAUAAAUGUUUGAUACCUUUGAAAUGACUUUCUGAUUACUUUAUUGUUGGUGGUAGGUUAUUGUAGACAGUAGAGCAAGUAGGGGGACUGAGCAGAUGCUUGUUAUAAGACAUUCUUGAUGUCUGAGGAAAACGUUGGUUUGUUGUUUUAAAAUUGAGGAGUAUGUUUCUAUUUCAUAUGAAUAUUUGUGUGAAUGUGGUUGUAUAAAGAAAAAAAUGCACUUACUAAUGUUGAAGGUGCAUAAUCUUGGAUAAUGAUGUGAUUGGUUUUAUGGAUCUAUUUUUUUUGUCUAAUAUUUGAGAUUUGAUAAAGAUUGUUGAUGUAUGAAAUAGAUUACUUUGGGAAUAAAAGGCUAAAUAGUUGUGAAAAUUAUAUGAAUGGAUCACUAAAAAUCAGUGAUUACACAAGGUGUUCACGAAACCUCAGGGGCAUUUAUGUCAGGUUUCUGAAGAGCAUUCCUUUUUCAUUGACAGCUAAUAUUUUGAAACUUUGUUACAAAAUUAUCAUUUUGCUCAAUAUUGAUCAAUUUGAUGGCUGUGAUUAUGCUUUAGGUCCAAGAAAAAUAUUGAAGUUGCACCUAUUAGAGAUUUGUUAUCAGAUGUUCAUAACCAGUUGUUCAUUGAGGAAAAGUGCUCAUAGUUAACUAAAUAUUAAAAAGUACAUUUAAAAAGAAACUUUAAUAUUUUGUCUGUUUUAGUUCUUAAUUUUUGGUAAUUUUAUUUCUUCAACAUGUUUUAUGCAACGUAUAUUGAUAAUUGACUUUGUACAAUAACUAUUUGUUUGCCACUCUGGUAUACAGUAUUUUUGUGUGUUCGGUUAUUACAAUAGUAUAAUUGCAAUUUAACACAAUGAUUGAUAAACCUCAGCAUGGUACCUAUCUCCAUGUCUCCAUUUUGAUGCCUAAAAUGAUGUCACGAUCAUAUCAACUUACCUGACUUGUGUUAGAAAUCCUCCAUAUCGGAUCAUACCUUUUGUCAACUUCUAUGUUAUUUUGUUUGUGCUCUUUAUAACUAGGUACAUGUAUUUGCAAUGUUUUAUAGACUUGGAAAAAGAAACAUCUCCUAAACCUAUUAGUAUGUAUAUAGAGAGGUGAUUCUGUUUGGCAUGAAGAACCUGCAAGUCCUGUGGUAGCUUCCAGUUAUUGGAAUGAUACUAUGGACGUAUUGUGAAUAUACAAAUACAUAUACAUGAUUGUACGUGACAAUGUCCAGACCGUUAUUGGAUGAUUGGGGCUCUGAAGGUGUAGAGUGUUAAGGUCCUUGGUAUAAAGGAUUAUUAUUGUCCAUUAUGCUUGUGCAUUGUAGCCAUCCAGGGUAACUCAUAUCAAGAUAGGAAAACAUGAUGGCAUGGUUUCUUUUAUGAUUAUUGUUCACAACAAGUUUUUGUCAUUUCAUCUGACGUUAGUUCAACUAGAACUAGAAGAUCACGACUACAGGUCAUAUGGUUUUUGUAGUUGACUCUUCUUGCAGGAAAAACUGUUUUUGAGUGAGUGGGAUUGUGCUAUGUGACUGCAUGUUAGAUGAAGAAAUGUGUACAUUGAAUUUUCAUCUGCAUUCCGGGGGCACGGUUGGCCCAGUCGUCUAAGGCACCACGAUUCGCUGUGCAGAGUUGCGUCCCUUGGGCAAGCCAAAAACCUAUGAUUGUGGGUUCGAAUCCCGGUUCACCCCGAUUAUGUUUCUAGGGUUGUCAGCACCAUACCUGUGCUCGAGGGUUUCACCGAAGUGAUAAACAUCCGAGACCUGCAUCACUUCGAGCUUUCCUCCCACAUUAAGCUGACACGCCGCGAUAUAACUGGAAUACUGUUAAAAGCGGCGUUAAACCCAACUCACUCACUCAUUUGUCUGCAUUCCUUAAGCUGUUUUAUUUUUGUUCUUAUAUUUGUUUUUAUUGUAACAAUUAGUAAUGGGCAUAUUUCUAAUUUCAAGUAACAAUUGAAGGAUGGCAAAAGUAAAAGUAAGAAAUAUUAAGUAUAUCUUCUGUCCAAGUAUGAACUAUGUGUACAUGAAAUUUACAAUGACAUGAUUGUGUGACUGAAACACAUAUUUUAUUAUUUUUGAGUUUAUGAUUCGUUGUAUAUAGAUUUGUAAAUACUUGUAUGUAUUUAUAGAAUAUGUGCAAAUGAAAACAAAACCGAUGUAUAGCUCAGUCUUAAGAAUCUGUUUCCAAGUGCACUUGUUGAGAUUGUAAUUUUUCAAGACAAUCUCUUCUUCUCACAUAGUGCAGCAAACUAGCCACUUAACGCUUACAUUGAUGAACAGAGACUACCAUUUCAUGGUAUAGAAUUGUUGAUUAAUUUCCCUGUUACUGAACUGGGUCCACAACCUGGCCUUACUAAGUGGAAGCAUGAAAAAUAUCAAAAACCAAACACUUUGCUGUUACUUCUUUGUCAUAAAUAAAAAUGUCAAAAAUGACCAUCUGUCACCGAGAGUUUCUCGUUGUGGACUAUGAACCAUUGUUACUGACAUUUAAUAUGGUGUCCGUAUUCUUGAGUUCAUCAUAGUCACUGUAGAUGUUUCCCUAAGUCAUUGCAUCUGAAAUUUAACAUGGUGUCUGUAUUCUUGAGUUCAUCAUAGUCACUGUAGAUGCUUCCCUCAUUGUCUCUGCAUUAGUGGGGCAUCCAGAAAUGCUGUAAGCAAUCAUAGCUCCUUUAUCUCCAGCAUGUUCAGUGCAGUAUUGAUAAUCAAAGUUACUGGAGACACUCCACUUACCCCGGGAUUUGAUACUACACGUAGCGGAUCUACGGUUACUUGCUAAGAUAUUCCAUCUGUAUAAAGAAUACUAGUUUUCAUUAUGCAUGUCAACAACCAGAUUCAUGUUCAUUACAUUUAGAAUAAGUUUUGUAUUUUGCACAUGAUAUGCAUGAGUGAAUUGUUCCUUUAUGGUAUUGUAUUUUGAGCAUAAACAUGAAUGUCCUCAUUCUCUGUAAUUCCAAUCAAACAAAGUACAUUAUAUUUUUAUUGGUAGGAAUACAAAUCAAAAUGAAUGGAUGUAUUCAGAGCUGCCAACUCUGAACCAUAGCUUUUAAGCGCGGUAUAAGAGCAUUGCUGGUAAAGUAAAUAUGAAGUAAAGAGCAAAUGCUAGUUUGACUAAUUGAGUUUUACUUUGAAACAACAACAGGCAAACCAACCAACAUUCUUAUCAAUACACUUCCUAGGGAAUUCAAAAAUGUCAUUUCCUCAAUACUUAUUAGAAAUGAGGCUAUUUUUUUUUAUACUAUUGCUGCUAUGGCUUAAAGCACUAGUUACUCAUUCACUUUUUCUGUAUGUUUGAUUCCAGAUGGUUGAAGAAAUGUGUGAUUUGAUAAUGGGAAAUUGUGUUGGCAGUUCUGAAUAGUUCAAUGUUUUUUGACAUACUGGUCAACUGAGCAAAUGCUAAUAUGUUUGGAAAUUGGCAUUUUGUUGUUUUCAGGGAUUAAACUAUGUCUAAAAAGGUGUAUCUUAGCUGUGACAGGCCAAAUGUCUCAACAACCAUUAAUUAGCAUCAGGAAACUUGCCAGGGUUUCCUUGAGCCAAACCAUUUUCAUACUGCUAUUGUGACACAACAAAUAUAGCUUGCAUACAGGACCUACAAAUUACAUGUGAACUAGGCUCUGUUUCACAUAGUCAUCUUUGUGUAGCAUAUUUAGCACUAAUAUCACUUUUGGAAAUUGUGCUUUGGAAACAACCUCCAUUUUUCAGUAAAUUAUGAAUAAUGUUUAUGGUUCCAUUCUGUUAUGAUGAGUACCCUGCAGCUCUACUCUGCCAUGGCAUCAUUUUGAGUCUGACAUUCGAUUCAUCAGACUGACGAGCGAGAAUAUUCUGCAAUGAUGAGAGAGCUAGAGAUCAUGACGUCACUCCACAAAUGAAGAUUUGGAAUUCGGUCCAAGGGGCAUAUUAUGAUAGAAUAUAGUGGAUAUUCGAGGAUGUUUGGCUGCUUGAAGUAUGUGCCUUUAGUGGAAGUGGAUUGAGAAAGUUUUCACUCUAUAGUAAUAUGUUUUUCUCCUUUUCAUUCUGUCUCUCACAUCUAUUGAAUAUUACCAGUGUCAUGUACGCCUGUCACUGAUGCACUAAAUCCUUCAUUUGAAGUAUUUGUAAGCCUUUUGUCUGCACAGGAAAAAGCCCUGAAAAGUGCCAUUGGUUGCCAUGUCAUUAAUUCACAAUUAAUCUUUGAUUGAUAGAUGUCAGGUGGUGUCCAAUCUUUUCAUACGUUUCACAAGUAGUGCAUCAUAUUUACACCACGUGUUGAGGAUGUGAGGAAUAUAUGGAAAUGUAUCUGAGGGAAGAAAUUCAUGAAUAAUUUACGAUCAACAUAAAUAAAUUCUGCGUUCUUAUUUUCAA